AUGGACCGCCAACAGCGGCACAGUUCGGUGGCUUCCACAAAGAAAGGCGGCCAGAGUGAUUCCAAAUUUGUUUCGUUUUGCACGUUCGUUGCUCUACAUCAGGUUACCGAGAUAGUAACAACGAUUGCAACGAUCUAUGCUUUAUUCGGGAACGAUCUGAAGCUGUGGGCUACCUCAGUGACUGCUGAUUUGCCCUUCGACAUUAUCACUAUCAUUUGCUUAGUAAUAUUUGCACUGGAGAUAUUCGUUAGCUGCGUUGGCAAAGAAAACUACACAUGGCACACUUUCUUUUGGUUUGACUUGAUUUCCACCGGAACCUUGAUACUAGACCUGUCUUGGAUUUACUAUGAGAUGUACCUGGUUGUCGAAGAAAAUGCCGAAAUGGCUUCUAGCGAUGUAAUGCAAGUGUCACGUGCGGGAAAGGCAGGCUCCCAAGUAGCUAGGGUUCUCAGGGUAAUGCGACUGGUCAGACUUAUCCGAGUUGCAAAACUCUACAAAACGCUUGCACUGCGAUUUCAACCUAAGGACGAAGUUACGUAUCAACAGGACCUGUUCCUAGAGCCUGGUGAACGUGCGCCUGACGACGUCGGGCUGGAAGAAGAGGCAGAGGUCGCGGAUGAUGGAGGUGAAUAUGACAGCAAAAUCGGGAGGGAACUUACCGAUAGAACUACCAGAAAGGUGAUCUACAUAAUCCUCGUUAUGACUAUAGUGCUACCAUUUCUUGCAGAGGAUCAAUACCUUUCAAGGACGAGCUCGGAACAAUCAGGAUUGGACAGCGUCGCAGAGUCUGCUACAGCGGCUAAGAGAUACAAUACAGCCCCUUGGUGGCGGAUGUAUUCCAUGAAUGCCGUUUACUACAUCAACUACCACCGCAAACACGGCAUCGGCUAUGUAGAAGGGGAAAUCAACCCCCAGAAUUUGGUGUAUAUAGAGCUUCCACUCCCUUUAACUCACGUCACUGAGUCGGCGGGGCGAAUUUUCGUUGAUAUGGCAUGCCUUGGCUUCAAGAGUUGCGAUCAUCCGUUGGAGCUACCCCCCCAAAGCGCAGAGGAGCUACUCCUUGCAAGCGCUGUCAACGGCACAAUGCUCACCGAUGAACUGGAAUCAAUAGACUCACUGAGACCGAGUGAAAGGGAAAUAUUUUCCUCUGCAUUUUGUGAAGGGCCAUCUGAGGAGGUGGCGGGACCGCUGGAAACUCAAAAAGCAUCCUCAUGCGUGACUGAGAAUAUUGCAACUUUUAAAGCUGUGUAUGACAAGCGCGAACUCUCGCACUUGGAGUGUGCCUUGAGCAUGCUGAAAACAGUGUUCGUGUGCCUAAUUAUGGUUAUUGGCACAGUGGCAAUCAACCAUGACAUCAAUACUCUCAUUCUGAGGCCAAUCGAACGAAUGAUUACAAAGAUGAACAAAAUUAGAAAUAAUCCUCUUGCGGCGACCAACAUGAACGCAGAUGGAGAGGACCGUCAAAGUGAAGAUAGUGCCGACAGCGCAAAAGGCGAUCCCCUACAGGCACUGAAAACUUGGAUAGGUGGUAAAAGCUCCAAGACACAGAAGGAGAACUAUGAAACCGCCAUUUUAGAAAAGACAAUAAUAAAGAUAGGGGGUCUGCUAGCCCUUGGUUUUGGAGAGGCGGGAGCUGAAAUCAUUGCUAAGAACAUGCACACUGCAGAUGGAAACAUAAACGCAAUGAUAGAAGGGCGCAAGAUGGAAGCCAUUUUUGGUUUUUGUGAUAUCCGAAACUUCACCGACGCAACAGAGAUCCUGAAGGAAAAAGUUAUGGUGUUUGUGAAUCAGAUCGCGGAAAUCGUCCACGGAACUGUGGACCAGUUCUCGGGGAGCGCGAACAAAAAUAUAGGAGAUGCGUUUCUGCUCGUUUGGAAGUUUCCAGAGAGAGAGAUCGCCGACGGAGUAAAAGAGCAGAUUAUUGACACUGUCACGAGCAACAAGUUGGCAGAUAUGGCAGUGAUGUCGUUUGUCAAAGUUGUAGCUGGGAUAAACAAGUCACACACUUUGGCUGAAUACAGGGAAAUACCUGAGAUCAUUGAACGCAUGGGAACCGGCUGGAAGGUAAAGAUGGGCUUUGGCCUACACGUUGGAUGGGCAAUUGAGGGCGCCAUUGGAUCUGAAUACAAAAUUGACGCUUCAUAUUUGUCCCCAAAUGUGAACAUGGCUUCUAGGCUGGAAGCAGCAACAAAACAGUAUGGAGUAACGAUCCUCAUAUCGUCCGACCUGUACGACAUAAUGUCUCCGCAGACACAGACAUACUGCCGCCAAAUUGACCGAGCGACCGUAAAGGGCUCCAAGGUGCCUCUAGGCCUCUAUACAGUUGAUUUAGACCCUGGCAGACUACAGGUCCCAACGAGGACUCCUGUAACCGUUGCCACAAAAACCACGACCUCCCUUCAAAGACAGCAGCGUCUCCGCGAAAAACACAAGCUUUGGUCGAGUCGCACAUCGAUUUCUGCAAUGUUUGAGACUGAUCCUGACAUUGUGUCUAUGCGUGAACAUUUGACAAAGGAAUUUCUUGGUACGUUUCGCUCGGGAUUUAGACAUUAUGAAGCAGGCGAAUGGUAUACCGCUCGGGAAAUAUUUGUGCGUACACAGUACAUGCUCGGUGUAGAGGACGGCCCUUCCACUGUCCUGCUUCACUUCAUGAGUACCAAAAACUACGUCGCCCCGGAGGACUGGGGAGGGUAUCGUGAGCUCAUAGAGAAGUGA